GCAUUUGUUGAAGUAGUGUACAACUAGAAGUCAGAAGUAAACAGAAGACUAAUGUCAUGUGUUAAACAGUUCGAACUGUAACUUGUGUAAACUGUAGAUUCAGUUAUUUUAUAUCUGUACCUGUACGUUGAUAUUGAUUAUUUAGACCCGAGGACCACUAAUUAUCCAGAUGAGUUGAACUCAGUAUGCCAGUUAAGAAGGAUGCAGGCUUUUCAACUUUUCCCAGACAUGUUUUGAUUUCUUUAAGUGAAACCCAUCAAACUUCUAAGAAUACAACAUCAGGUAGGACUGAGACACGUAUGAAAAGUCGUUAUUUUGCAGUUUUGGUGUUUCUUUUCAUCUUCUUCCUUUGUAUGAUAGCUCAUUUCUCACACUGGGAGAACUUGGAGGAUCCAGAGCUUUGUCUGGAUAGUUAUCACAAUGAAGAAAUAAUUAAUUUAGACAUACUGAGGGAAAGAGUUCAUUUUAUUCAAACUAAACGACGGUUACCACAAGUAAUUAUUAUUGGUGUGCGUAAAGGAGGCACCCGAGCUCUUCUAGAAUUCCUUAAUGUUCAUCCCAUGAUUCAGAAAUCUUCAGAGGAAGAGCAUUUUUUUGAUAAUGAUGCUAGGCAUUCCCUAGGCUUGGAAUGGUAUCGUCGAAAGAUGCCUUUCUCUUUUCCUGGACAGAUCACUAUUGAAAAAAGUCCAGCAUAUUUCAUCACUGAUAAAGUACCAGAACGCAUCCAUGAGAUGAACAGUUCUAUUAAAUUACUUCUUAUUGUCAGGGAUCCAGUGACUCGUUUGAUUUCAGAUUAUUCUCAACUUGCAGCUAACAAGGCUAAAAAAGGGAAACCCCUUCCACCCUUUGAAGAACUAGUCUUUAAGUCGGAUGGUCAGGUCAAUAUGAACUAUAAGGCUGUAAAAAUCAGUAUGUAUUCCAUUUACUUGAAAAAGUGGCUAAAAGUUUUUAAUGACAAUCAGAUCUUGGUUGUAAGUGGAGACCAGCUCAUAAGUGAUCCAUUCUUAGAGUUAAAGCAAAUUGAAGAUUUUUUAGGCCUCAAACAUUACAUUAAAAGGGAAAAUUUCUACUACAACAAGACAAAAGGAUUUUUUUGUGUCCGAAAUGAAACCUUGGACAAAUGCUUGAAUGACAGUAAAGGCCGAAAGCACCCUGUGAUCCCAUCUGUUCUUAUUUCUAAGCUUAGACGCUUUUAUACUCCAUACAACAGAGAAUUUUAUCGGGCAGUAGGCAGAAGUUUUGCGUGGCUAGAAGAAUAGCACAUAUUAAUGUUUUAUUCUUAUUAUCUUCUUCUCGUUAACUUGGAAAUUAUUUGU